AAUCAGAGUUGAGGAGGAAAAAGUUACGAGAGCAUAAUAGUAAACUUUUUCUUCUCAAAUGGAAUGGAGCUGAAGAUUAAAUAACAAGCAAAAUGGUAAUACGCAUGGAGUACAAGGAAUCAAGUAGUGCCUUAUUACUUUUUUGGCUAGCUUGUAUUGGGAGGGAGUGUGUCGAGUAUGGAGUAUCAAGUAGCGAGUGCCAACGCAUUCGGAUCGUACGGUGCUAACGCAUUCAGAUGAGAAACGAAAAGUGGGUCAUUUUUUCGAUUCGGCGGGAGAAGGAUCAUCCGUACAAAAACCCACGGAGGGCAAAGGCUAACUACGAUUUACGAUGAUCGAAAAAAUCCUCGAUGAAACGUCGUCUCUCAUCGGCAUUCCCGCCAAAACAGACAAGUAUAAGCGCAAACCUUCGACAAACGCGGCUACCAACGAUCACCGGAAGAAGAGGCGGAGAUUAGCAGUCAGUUCAGAAACCGCAGUCCCUAAAUCUAGCGACCCUCAAAAGCUUGCCGCAUCGAAUAGGUUAAAGACAAUUCGUUCUCCCUCUCGAACUUCACGGAAACACGGGAAGAGGAGGUCGAGUCAGACGGAUGGUCAUCGUCGAUGGGUUUACUCUGCUCGUGAUUGCUCAAGAUUUAUAGAUACGUUUAUGGUUGCUUCAUAUAACAUACUAGGAGUGGAAAAUGCAUUGAAGCAUCCAGAUUUGUAUCAUAGAGUGCCUUCCAAAUUCUUGGAUUGGAGUUUCCGGAAAGAGCUUAUAUGUAAUGCAAUUAAAUUUUAUAAUGCAGGCAUCUUAUGUUUGCAGGAGGUUGACCGUUUUAAUGAUUUAGAUGAACUUUUCCAAAAUUAUGGCUACAAAGGUGUUUACAAGGCUAGAACCGGUGAAGCAAAUGAUGGAUGCGCUGUAUUUUGGAUCGACAAACUAUUUUCCCUUUUGCAUCAAGAAACUAUAGAGUUCCAGAGCUUUGGGCUACGUAACAAUGUUGCUCAACUAUGUGUUUUGAAGAUGAAUAAAUCAAAAUCAAAGUCCAAAACAAGUCGAAGCUUUGUGAUUGGGAAUAUACACGUACUUUUCAACCCAAAUCGUGGAGAUAUUAAGCUCGGGCAGGUCAGAUUGUUUCUUGAAAAAGCACACAGCCUUUCCCAGAGAUGGGGAAACAUACCUGUUAUUAUUGCUGGGGAUCUGAAUAGCAUACCAAAGAGUGCAAUGUAUCAGUUUUUGGCUUCAUCAGAGCUGGAUAUACAACUUCAUGAUCGCAGAAAGAUUUCAGGGCAACUUGAUUUUUCAUCAUCACAUGGAGCCUUCAGAUUUUGUAGUGGGGGUACAAAAUGGUCCAACGUUUCAACCUCCAAAUCUUUCGGUUGGAGUGACGAGGAAAUAAGAAUUGCAUCUGGUAGCGAGAAUGUUACCCGUCUUCAGCACCAAUUGAAGCUUUCCAGUGCAUACUAUGGGAUUCCAGGAAGUUAUAAAACAAGAGAUACUAAUGGAGAACCUUUAGCAACUUCAUUCCACUCCAAGUUUUUGGGAACUGUUGAUUAUAUAUGGCACUCGGAAAAACUUGCUCCCGUUAGAGUUUUGGAAACAUUGCCUGUUGAUGCAUUAAAGAGAACUGGAGGACUUCCAAAUGAGAAAUGGGGCAGUGAUCAUCUUGCUCUUGUAUGCGAACUGGCCUUUGAUGACGAUGAAAAUGACAGUUGACUGACUAUUUAAUGACCACCCAAAUUGAAGCAUCUCCUUAAUUUUAUAUUGAAUAGAGGUUGUUUCUUCACCCUUUGGCAUGUGGAAAUCUGAGUGUACUUGAGUAGAUUAGUUGUAUUAUUAGGGUAGCAUGUUUGAAGCUGCUGCUUUUUUGUUUUUUGGCAGGUAAUGGUGGAAAAAACAGGUAAAGAGUACUGUGGGAAAAAGGAGGAUCUGUCUUUGCCUGUUUAGUUGUUAUGGAGUCAUUUCCUACUUUAUGGCCAAGGUGCGAUGCUUCCCUUAACCAAAUUGUGUUAUUGAAAGAUUCGGUUCUCCUAAUCUUGUGUUAAUCUGUCCCUAACCUGUUGUCCUCACAUGUCUGGGUUAGCUGUGUUUAUUAUUAUUAGGUUUAAAGGUUCAAUUUUUAAUUUUAAUUUCUUCUAAUUAGACCUUACAUUUUCUUUAAGGAUUUUAAUGCUAAGCAAUUUUAAAAUAUCUAUAAAGUUCUUGAAUUUUUUUA